GCUGUGCUAAGAUUAAUGGGGGAGAGGUGAGAGCUUGGAGGCGCGGCGCUUAGGUCGAAUGGGGAUGGAUCCACUGUCCACGAAUUCCGAUGCGCAUUUCCUCGCGCCGGCGUCCGAGGACGAUGGUGCCGCCGCGGCCGCGUACAGCAAUCGCCAGCCUUUUCUCAUCGGUGUUGCUGGCGGUACUGCCUCCGGAAAGACCACGGUGUGUAACAUGAUCAUACAGCAGCUACACGAUCAUAGGGUGGUGCUCGUGAAUCAGGAUUCGUUUUACCGGGGCCUCACUGCGGAAGAACACGGGCACGUCAGCGAAUAUAACUUUGAUCAUCCUGACGCAUUUGAUACCGAACAGCUUUUGCAAUGCGUUGGAAGUCUUCUCAAGUGCCAGCCCGUGCAAAUUCCCAUUUACGAUUUCAAGCUCCAUCGGCGGUGCAGUGACACCUUUCGCCAGGUGAAUGCAGCAGAUGUUAUAAUCCUGGAAGGAAUCCUGGUUUUCCAUGACAGUCGCGUUCGUGAUCUGAUGAACAUGAAGAUUUUUGUCGACACAGAUGCUGAUGUCAGGCUGGCGAGGAGGAUAAGAAGGGACACCUGCGAAAGAGGAAGGGGUGUAGAAAGUGUUCUCCAACAGUACGCCAAGUUUGUAAAGCCUUCAUUUGACGACUUCAUCCUGCCCACUAAGAAAUAUGCGGACGUCAUUAUACCCCGCGGAGGCGACAAUCACGUUGCCAUUGAUCUGAUUGUCCAGCAUAUCCACACUAAACUUGGGCAGCAUGACCUGACGAAGAUUUACUCUAACGUCUAUGUGAUCCAAUCUACUUACCAGAUUCGUGGAAUGCACACUUUGAUCCGUGACCAGGAAACCACUAAGCAUGACUUUGUUUUUUAUGCGGACAGGCUGAUACGUUUGGUCGUCGAACAUGGUCUGGGUCAUCUCCCAUUCCAGGAAAAACAAGUGAUUACUCCAACAGGUUCUGUCUACACUGGAGUGGACUUUUGCAAGAAACUGUGUGGUGUUUCGAUCAUUCGGAGCGGAGAAAGUAUGGAGAACGCUCUGCGUGCCUGUUGCAAGGGAAUAAAAAUCGGCAAGAUUCUUAUACACCGGGAAGGCGACAAUGGAAAACAACUAAUUUAUGAAAAGCUCCCGAAGGACAUUGCCGAGAGACACGUUCUUCUCCUGGAUCCCAUUCUCGCCACAGGAAACUCAGCAGUCCAGGCGAUACAACUUCUCGUUGACAAGGGAGUACCAGAAAGUCACAUAAUCUUCCUCAACCUCAUCUCGGCACCGGAGGGAAUCCACGUAGUUUGCAAGAAGUAUCCGACCCUCAAGAUCGUCACCUCGGAGAUUGACGAUGGUAUCAACGACGACUAUAGAGUGGUGCCAGGCAUGGGUGAGUUUGGCGACAGAUACUUUGGAACAGAUGAAGACAUGGUUUUUUAUGAAAGGCCUGUGAAAACCGUCGAGGUUUUACUAGCGUAUCGCGGCUAGCAACAUUUUGUAGCAAGGAUCGAGAAAAGAACCAGCAGCAACCAAAGAGUAAAAAGAAAUAAGACAAUCCCCGAUAGGUUUUCUUUCAGGCGGUAAGAAGAAUCCAGUGGGGGUAAACGUGUGUAUAUAUAUAAUAUGGCUGCUCUUGCUGCAAGGCGCAUGAAUCCAACAAAAGGUCCAAUAGUCAUUAUGAGAUCAAAUAUAUCAUAGUUAAACUUUAACCUCUUUAGUGUUCAGAAAUAAAUUCUAUUAAAUAAAUAAAAGAGAAUUUUUGCUUUAA